UCAUCUUCUUGACUCGAGUCGUCGUCUCCUCCUCCGGGUUCGAAUUUCUUUCUCUUCCGGUUGUCUUCUGUUCGUGUGGCAGAUAAACUAGAGUCGACAUGGCCAAGUCUAAGAACCACACAACCCACAACCAGUCUCGUAAAGCCCACAGGAAUGGCAUCAAGAAGCCCACAUCUCAGCGCUAUGAGUCACUGAAGGGGGUGGACCCUAAGUUCCUGAGGAAUAUGCGCUUUGCCAAGAAACACAACAAGAAGGGCCUGAAGGCGGCACAGAAGGCAGCUAAGGGGAAAUAAGCUGCCACCACGUCUGU